GCAGGAGGGAAAGUCUGGAAGCCCCACCCUGCCCGGAGCCGGCCCAGGAUCCCGGUCUUUCUCCCUCCCUUGCUAUUUUGGCGAGCAGCGAGACGUUAAUCUCUUCCAACUGGAGCAGCUUCACUCUGUUUUCAUCCCGAGAGGAGGCCAAAAGGAGCCGACCCCAGGUUGCCAUGACCUCUGCCAUCACCAGCUGUGAGCCUUCGCAAGCCUUGCAGAGAGAAGACGAUGUGCUCAACUGUCACACUGAGGGCCCAAACAGGAAGAAGGGGGGGCAGUCCAGGAGCCCCAGCAGCAACAACCUGGUCUAUAGCAUCUUGGAGGUCCCACCAUGGUAUCUCUGCAUCCUCAUGGGAAUCCAGCACUUCCUCACGGCCCUGGGGGGGCUCGUGUCAGUGCCACUCAUCCUGGCCAAGGACCUGUGCCUGCAGCAUGACCCCCUGACUCAGAGCUACCUCAUCAGCACAAUUUUCUUCGUCUCUGGCUUCUGCACUCUCCUGCAAGUGUUUUUGGGGUCAGGUAGGCUGCCCAUUCUCCAGGGAGGGACAUUUGCUUUUGUGGCACCCUCUCUGGCCAUGCUCUCCCUCCCCACUUGGAAGUGCCCACCGUGGACACUCAAUGCCAGCCUGGUGAACACCAGCUCUCCUGAAUUCACUGAAGUGCAGAAGAGAAUCCGAGAGUUGCAGGGCGCUAUCAUGGUCGCUUCCUGCGUCCAGAUGCUGGUGGGAUUCUCAGGCCUCAUUGGGUUUCUCAUGCGCUACAUUGGCCCUUUGACCAUUGCUCCGACCAUCUCCCUGGUGGCCUUGCCUCUCUUUGAUUCUGCGGGCAACAAUGCUGGGAUCCACUGGGGCAUUGCCGCCAUGACCAUCUUCCUCAUCGUGCUGUUUUCUCAGUACCUGAAAAAUGUCGCUGUGCCCAUGCCCAUUUACAGAGGACAGAAGAAGUGCCGCGUGUCUAAGUUCUACCUGUUUCAGGUCUUCCCGGUGCUGCUGGCGCUCUGCAUCUCGUGGCUUCUCUGCUUCGUGCUCACGGUCACCAAUACCCUCCCCACGGCCCCCACGGCCUACGGGCACCUGGCCCGCACCGACACCAAAGGCGAUGUCCUGAGCCGGGCUCCUUGGUUUCGCUUCCCUUACCCAGGACAGUGGGGCCUCCCCACCAUCAGCCUGGCUGGGGUCUUUGGGAUCAUUGCCGGGGUUAUCUCCUCCAUGGUGGAGUCGGUAGGCGAUUACUACGCCUGCGCGCGGCUGGUGGGGGCCCCACCCCCUCCGAGGCACGCGGUCAACCGAGGCAUCGGCAUCGAGGGUCUUGGCUGUCUGCUGGCAGGGGCCUGGGGGACCGGGAACGGGACCACGUCCUACAGCGAGAAUGUCGGGGCGCUGGGUAUCACCAGGGUGGGGAGCCGGACGGUGAUGGUCGCUGCCGGCUGCGUGCUUCUCCUGAUGGGCGUAUUUGGGAAGAUCGGGGCUGCCUUUGCCACCAUUCCAACCCCUGUGAUCGGAGGCAUGUUCCUGGUGAUGUUUGGUGUCAUCACUGCCGUGGGGAUUUCCAAUCUGCAGUACGUGGACAUGAACUCGUCCAGGAACCUCUUUAUCUUUGGCUUCUCCAUCUACUGUGGUCUCGCCAUUCCCAACUGGGUGAACCAGAACUCUGAGAAGCUCCAGACAGGGAUUCUCCAACUGGACCAGGUCAUCCAGGUCCUGCUGACCACGGGCAUGUUUGUCGGUGGAUUCCUGGGCUUUCUCCUGGACAACACCAUCCCCGGAAGCCUGGAGGAGAGAGGCCUCCUGGUGUGGAAUCAAAUCCAGGAGGAGUCUGAGGAGACUGCGAGGGCCUUGGAGGUGUACUGCCUCCCCUGUGGGAUUGGCUCCACGUCCUGCACGUCCUCCUGCGCCCAGCGUCUCCCCUUCUGGCCCACGGGGGAAGCUGGGAAAGGUGUCAGGACUGCCGCGUUAACUCCUGCCCGAGUUUCCAGCUGGCUGGUCCGCCCCGCAGAUUUCAGAUUUGCAGUCUCCACGAUUGUGUGAAACAGUUCCUUAAAG